UAGUAAACACUAAUUAAAUAUUAUUUAAGUGAUAACAAAAAUGGUCAUUUGAAUAUAUUGUCUUAGGCCUCCAAAUUUAUUGGAUUGUCCUGCUUGACUAGACCCAUUUAAUAAUUGUACAAAAAUUUCUCAACCUUAACAUGAGUUUAGCUUACCUUUAGUACUUUUUCAAUUGGACAUGUAGUUAGUUUUAACUUGAGGUAGAAUGAUGUGGCAAUGGAUUUUAAUCUUUAUAUUUUAUUUAGUUAGUAGAUAAUAUGAUAGUUUCUCAUUAAAAUAAAAGGUAAUUCCAGAUAAAAAAGUAAUGGAGGUAAGUCAAAUUCCUCUAAUAUAACCCAUUUAUUAAAGAAUAAUGCUAAAGACACAUAAAAUUCCAUAACUUUUAUUACAACUCGUCAUGUAAUAAGUUAUGAGUGGUGAAAGUGUGGACCCACCAUUUAACCUUUACCAUUUAUAACUCACCAUGUGGUGAGUUAUUGCAAAAAUUGUAGAACUUUAUGUGUUCCUGCAUUUUCCUUUAUAAGAGGUUGACACGACAUGUGCUCUGACAACACUAGAAUCUAAAAAGUAAAGGGUUUUAUUAAUGUGUGUCAUUAGAGCAUAUAUUAAUAAACCAUUUUAUGAAACUUUUUAUGAAAAGAUGAAAAAAAAUUACCAACUUUCUUGAUAAUUUUAUCAAUUCCCAAAAAAAUAUUUUCAAAAAUAAAUAAUUAAUAUGUGCCUGCAUAUAUUAACCAGACCUAGAAGUAAAAAUGGUGACAAUGACUUUUAAGUUUUGUCAGAGACAUAAAAAAAACAACUAUAGAUCGAAAAAGCAAAGUGAACCAAUGACUACCAAAGAAAAAAAAUAGAAGUGGUAAAGAGGCCUCUACCCACCACAACUUAAAAGUCAUGACUCAAACUCAUGAAUUCAAAUACUUCAAGUUAAAUGCUUUAGUAGACAAACUAUAAGAAAGUACUCAUAAAAGUAUCAUUGAACAAUGUUAUUUUUUAAAACUAAAAAUCGAUAAAAAUUCUCGAAAUUCAGUAUUCAAACCCCCUAAAAUAAGAAUCAUAACCCAAUAACUCCUAAAUAAAAUUCCCUACCAAGCGCGUCUUUUUUUUUUCUUUAUCUUUUUUCACGAUUUCCAGUGAUUAAACGAAUCCCUCAAAUCACGUUCAUUUGCCAAACCAAAGUGAUUCUCUCUCACUUCCUUUAGCGUCACCUCUCUCUCAUACUGCCAAAAAUCCACGGUCUAUGGCUUCAGAUCAGGCUUCAACUCCACCACCAUUAGAAAUCCAAUCCCAUGACCUCUCUAAAGUCAUAGUUCUGCACCCUCCACCUGUUUUCAACUAUUUCAAGGACCUUUUCUCCAAAAAAUUCCACCUCCUAAAAGCUUGGGAGUCACCACUUCCUCGACAUGAAUUCUUGACCAACCACGCACACUCAGUUCAGGCCAUGCUCUGCUCUGGCACUGGCCCUCCCAUCUCCGCCGACAUUAUACGGCUUCUCCCAUCGCUCAGGCUCGUCGUCACCACCAGUGCCGGCCUCAACCACAUCGACCUCACCGAGUGCCGGAACCGUGGAAUCUCUAUAGCCAAUGCUGGAGAAGUGUUUUCUGAGGAUGUUGCGGACCUGGCUGUGGGCCUUUUGAUCGAUGUGUUCAGAAAGAUCUCUGCUUCUGAUCGGUAUGUCAGACAUGGGCUUUGGGCUACUAAGGGAGAUUACCCACUUGGGUCUAAGUUAGGAGGUAAGCGAAUUGGGAUUGUUGGAUUGGGAAGCAUUGGCUUUCAAGUGGCAAAAAGGCUUGAGGCCUUUGGUUGCAACAUCUCAUAUAACUCGAGGAAGAGGAAGGACUUUGUGUCAUACCCUUUCUAUACAAAUGUAUGUGAACUAGCGGCUAAUAGUGAUGUCCUUAUUAUAUGUUGUGGAUUGACUGAGCAAACCAGGCACAUGAUUAAUAGGGAAGUUUUAUUAGCAUUGGGGAAGGAGGGAGUCAUUGUCAAUAUUGGUCGUGGAGCUAUUAUUCAUGAGAAGGAAUUGGUGCAGUGUUUGGUACAAGGGGAGAUUGGAGGUGCUGGCUUAGAUGUGUUUGAGAAUGAGCCUGAUGUUCCUAAAGAGCUCUUUGAAUUGGAUAAUGUUGUGUUGGCACCGCACAUGGCUGUCUUUACAACAGAAUCUUUUAAGGAUUUGUGUGAUUUAAUGAUUGGGAAUUUGGAAGCUUUCUUUUCAAAGAAACCAUUGCUUUCUCUAGUCAUGAAUGAAUGAGUUAUGGAUUUCUCUUGCUGGAUAUAAGGAUUGGUAUGGUGAAUAAGUCAGUGGUAGGGCAAGGAUGACUAUGAUUAGGGGCCUGAGUUGCAAGUUAUGGUAAUGUAGAAUAGGCUAAUUCAGGACUAAAAAAGAGAGCACUCUUCUAGCUACACAUUAUAUCUAUUAAGGGUUCACAAACAGCACAAUUGUCAGUGUGCGUGCCUCCAUAAAACAAUUAUUCGACCUGUAUGCGGCCAGGACCUAAAUAUAAAUAUUGUUGUAAUACUCUUCUCCAAAAAAAAAAAAAAAAAAAAUGUUGUAAUACCACUGAUUAAUUUGACACUUUAUUAUUGUUUGUA